AUGAAAAAGAUUAUUGUGGGCGUCUUAGGAGCCGGUCGCAUUGGUCAAGUGCAUGUGCAAGCCAUGCAUAGAACCGCAAGAGUAGAAAUUAAAGCAGUAGCCGACACUUAUAUGAACGAUAGCAUGGCGAAAAAGCUUUCGCAAUAUGGUAUUAAGAACAUCACACGAAACCCAAAGGAUAUAUUUGAUGAUGAAGAAAUACAAGCAAUAUUUAUAUGUUCGAGCACCGAAACCCAUAGUGAAUUUUCGUUGCAAGGUAUAAGGGCAAAAAAACAUAUAUUUUGUGAAAAACCAGUUGAUAUGGAGCUCGAUAAAAUAAAAGAAGUAAGAAAGGCACUGAAAAAAAGCCCUAUAGUAUAUCAAGUGGGGUUCAACAGACGUUUUGAUCAUAACUUUAUUGCGGCAAGGAAAGCAAUACAUUCAAACAAAAUAGGCACACUCCGCAUGCUAAGAAUUACCUCUCGAGAUCCCGCACCCCCCACCCUUUCGUAUAUAAAAGAAUCAGGUGGUUUAUUUAUGGAUAUGAUGAUUCACGAUUUUGAUAUGGCUCGAUUUCAAACAGGAUCUGAAGUAGAAGGGCUCCACGCCAUCGCUGCAGUGCUUGUAGAUAAGGAAAUAGGAAAACUAGGUGAUGUCGAUACCGCAAUAGUAAGCUUUCAAUGCAAAAAUGGUACAAUAGGCGUAAUCGAAAACUGCAGGCAGGCAAGUUAUGGAUACGACCAACGCCUAGAAGCACUAGGCGAUAAGGGGUCGUUAUGCAUAGGGAACGAUACUGAGUCUCGCUUAGAAAUAAGCAGUAAUAGUGGCGUGCUAACAGAGAAGCCCCUCCCUUUCUUUUUAGAGCGAUAUAAGGAAGCAUAUAUAUUAGAGCAAAAACAUUUCUUUGAUGCCAUAGUAAAGAAAAAACCAGCUCCAUGCGGAAUUGAAGACGGCUUAGAAUCAGUAAGGCUUGCAUAUGCUGCAAAACUCUCCUUAAAAGAAGGGAGACCAGUAUCAAUGAGUGAAAUACAAUAA